GCGGGAGGAAUCCAUCACUCCGUUCCUGAGUGGAGACGUCCGGUCGUGGGAGAAAAAGGAUCGGCCGAGGGAGGACACAGGGUGUGUCUCAGGACAUAGAGGUAAGCUCUUGGGGAAAGAGAAGAGCUGGAGAUCUGAUCAAUCUCACCUGGAGUGUGGCAAUAAAGUGCCCCCAGGAAGGCUUGGCCGGGACAGUGGGGUCCUGCUGCCAGUGUGUGGAAAGGAAAAAGGGGGGGGUCCCUCUGCCAGUCUGUGGAAAGGAAAAGGGUGGAGGGUGUGGAGGUGGACUGUGAGAUUGUGGAGGUGAACUGUGUGUUGUAUGACCAAAUACUCCAGUGAAAGGAUGAAUGUGUGAGAGGUCGGGGCUUAGCGUCUCCGUGGCCAAGCGUGUCUAGGGCUGUGCUCGUCCAAGCCACAGUCUGUAGUGUGUGAAGUGGGCAAGGUGCUGAUUUUGGCUAGGAGCGGAGUAUUCUGGUAAACAUGGGUUCAGGAAGCAGUAAAUGUACACCUUUGGAAUGCUUCCUGAACAACUGGAAAUUGGCCACAAAGGAUGAUGAGGGGGAUGAGGAAACACUGUUAAAGAUGUUGGAAGAGAAGGUACAGAAGGGGGAGAAGUGGAGUAAGAAGCAAGACAAAUGGAUAAAGGACUAUGUAGACCCCUAUAAAGACCAAGUGGAUGUUAGUCCCCACCUUUUAGAAGUGGCACGUUGUGAGGAUGGGCGCUGGAAGAAGAAACAAAAGAGGUGGCUGGAGGCAGCACGUAGAGCCGCCACCCACCAUGAGAGAGAGAGAGGGAAGAAAGAUCAGGCUACAGCCUUGAUGCCCCUCCGGGUAGUUUAUGACCCCCCGGGACCGCCAGGGGAGAAUGGGGCAGCAGCACCACGCACCUACACAAUCCAACAUGUGCCUUUUUCAACUGCUGAUAUUUGCAAUUGGCGCAAUCAAAACCCCUCCUUUGAGGAGAACCCAGCCAAAAUCAUCAAACUUUUUGAAGGGAUCUUUAAAACUUAUGACCCUACCUAUGAUGAUGUUCAAUAUCUUUUGGACUCUCUGUUAACAACGGAAGAAGUCCGGAGGGUCCAUAGUGAGGCAAGGGCGCAUCUGAGGCAGUUACAAUUAAAUGAUAACCAAAUGAAUGAUGCCUACCCCCGAGCCACUCCUAAUUGGGACUAUCAGGAUCAGAAUGCUCGGACCGCCCUGGCAACAUACAGGAACCUGCCCGGGGAGGAGGGCGCGGCCGCCUGGGACGCAACCAGUGCGCCAUCUGCCGCCAAGAGGGCCACUGGAAGAACGAAUGCCCUCAGGGAAGAACCGGAGGCAGGGGAGGCCGGAUUCCUGGCACCAUCCCCAUGGGAGAUGGCACUGACUUAA